CCUCCUCCUCAGUCCGGCCCUGACAGCUCCGAGAAGCCGGCUACACACACACACAACAGCGAGAUCACCGGGACCAUUGAAUUAGCUUAUUGUUAUCCAAACGCAAUUCUAUCCGCUCCUUGAUUAGAAUAAUAUGGUGUCUGUUUGAUUCAAAAGAGAAAAGGAAAAAAAAAAAGAGGAAAAGAUGGCACAGAGAGACACGCUGCUGCAUCUAUUCGCCGGCGGAUGUAGUGGGACGGUGGGAGCCAUCGUGACCUGCCCCCUGGAGGUGUUGAAGACGCGGUUGCAGUCAUCCGGCCUCACCCUCCGGCCCGUCUUCCAGGUGCAGCUGGGCACCCUCAGCGGCGCCGGCGUUAUCCGACCAGGGACCGUUACCCCUGGGCUGCUGCAGGUCCUACGAUCAAUUCUUGAGAAGGAGGGACCAAGAUCUCUUUUCCGUGGACUGGGGCCGAACCUUGUUGGCGUUGCCCCUUCGAGGGCCAUUUACUUUGCUGCAUACUCGAAAUCUAAAGAGAUGUUCAAUGGACUGUUGGUCCCCAAUAGUGGUUUGGUGCACAUGUCUUCUGCUGGUGUUGCAGCGUUCGUCACCAACUCCCUGAUGAACCCCAUCUGGAUGGUCAAGACCAGGAUGCAGCUGGAGAAAAAAGCCAGAGGAGAGAAGAAGAUGAACGCACUGCAGUGCGCCCGCUACGUUUACAACACCGAAGGAAUCCGAGGCUUCUACCGCGGCCUCACCGCGUCCUACGCUGGCAUUUCGGAGACCAUGAUCUGCUUCCUCAUCUACGAGACGCUGAAGAAACACUUGGCCAAGAGCCAGUUCACAUCGUCGAAAAGUGAAAACGAGAAGGGAGCGUCGGACUUCCUGGGCCUGAUGAUGGCAGCUGCUUUUUCAAAGGGUUGUGCGUCCUGCAUAGCCUACCCACACGAGGUCAUCCGGACACGGCUGCGCGAGGAAGGCAGCAAGUACAAGUAUUUCUUCCAGACGGGGAGGUUGAUAGCGGUGGAGGAAGGAUACGCGGCGUUUUAUAGAGGACUCAUUCCACAGCUGAUCAGACAGAUCCCUAACACAGCCAUCGUCCUCUCCACAUAUGAACUCAUCGUCCACCUGCUGGGAGAAUCUAAAUGAAGUCUGAACAUUGGGGGGGACUCCCUGACGAGUAAUAGAUACCACACUGGGCAAAAGACUUUUGGGGGGAAAAAAGAAAUAAAACCGGUGCGUACAUUUAUGUGGUUCGUCAGAGGCCGUUACGACGGAACUAAUGAAGAACAGGUUGUACUGUUAUCCAAAGAGCUAAAUUCAUUAUUUUAUCGAAUGCAUGUUAGGAGUUCACCAAAAUAAGAGCAAGAAUUCAUGGUACGUGUGAAACUCCAAGCCUGUGAAAAAGGUCAUCUUCUUAGAGGACUAGUUUUAAGUUAACUAAAUUAUUUUUGUUUCGUUAUUUUACGAUAAUGUUUGUUUCCUUUUUAUCAGUGGUUAAAUGUAUCGUACACACACGCACUACUGGGCAGGUUCACUCGAUUAGUUAAUGAAGGGAUGUAAUUCAGCAGCAGUGCUCAUAAUAGUGCUGUUCUUUGUGUUGAAAUGCCGACACGGACGAGAGACUUUCUGUUAUAGUUUGACAAAUACAGUCUGCUGGAUUUAAAGUUUGCGUUACAGAAGAAUUUAUCAUAUUUUUCAGUAAUAUAUAUAAAUAUAUAUUAUUUUACGGACUUAUCUGUAUGUUUUCUUUGUGGAAAAAGAUGGUCACCUUUUACAUUACAGUGAGAACUUGGAUGCUUAAUUGACCAGUGGUUCAAUAAAAUGCAUCGGAUAUCCACAUCA